AUGGCUGCGAAAGGGAAGGAUCUUAGCCAACAGCUCCAGGAACUCAUCAGCUCCUUGCAAGAACAAGGCAUUUUGACCGACUACUUUGACGACAUAAAAGAUUUACAAGAUGAAAUCAACCCUCGCUUCGUUGACGAAAUUUUCACCAUCUUCCUUCGUGUAGCUAAAGAUUACAGAGCCGAACUCACAAGAAAUCUGAGUGAGCCUGAUGUCAACUAUCCUGAGGUGAAUAAACUCGCAAUCAGGUUUAAAAGUAGUAGCACAAGUAAUGCCUGUGGCCUGGUUGCCCUUGCCUGUCAAGAGCUUGUUGAUGCAAGUGAAGCAAAGAACAAAGAAGGGUGCCUUGUGGCUCUUGACAAUGUCAACCGUGAAUAUCUUGUCGCCAAAGAGAAUUUGAAUCGCAUUGUUGGGAUGGAACGUGAAAUUUAUGACAUGAGGCUGUGCCGAAAGUAA